AUGGUGGUUGAUUUGGGCACCAAGUUGAAACGACCGCCCCUGAAGUUCCAUGUUGACAGCAUGUGGGUUUUGAGUAAGAUCACACUUCUUGUCCACCACCACAACUGUCUUCGGCUAUCCUCUUUUAGUGCAUUAUUGAUAUACCCAAUGCCUCCAGAUCUUGCUUGUGCUGUUCACGCCCGUGGUAUGAUAGGCAAUGACCUACGACAAGCGCUUAAUAAAUGCGGAGCUAUACGCCAGAUUCACUAUUUUAUUAAUGAACGAGGUGAACGAGAAGCAUUCAUAACGUUCAAGUUCAAGAGCGACGCUGUCUACGCCAAAACCAAACACAGCUUUGGAGACGUUCAGAUAUUUGGAAUUGUUGACGAUUUUUGGAAGAACCGUUAUAUCGAGUCCCAGAAUGCAGAUCCCGAAAAGAGCGGCUUCCAACAGAUCAACGACUACGACACGUUUAUGCCUCACCCCAUCGUUCGGGCCACUCCGGCACCGGCAGGUGAUGAUCAUAUCUCUGAUCCGGCUGGGUUUGUUGUUCAUGUCGAAGGAGAAGUGCAUGGUACACCUGCGGACAAUAAAUUCGCUAGGUUUGGCCCUGUUCGACAAAUUCUUCGCUUUGGAGCUACCAGUGGACGACCCCACGGCAAGUGCUUCAUGACACGACUUGGAGCAGCUGCAGCCCGGAACCAGGGUCACAUCGACCAACUGCCGAUUGAUGCCUUGAGCCGCUCGGAAUGGAUGAUGAAAAAGUAUCGUGAGCUUAUCCAACAGGAUCACCCAUUUAACAAUGGCUCGGGCCCUUCCGAUCAAUUUUCCGAUGUACCGCGUAGCCCCAGGAGCCCGCGUCGUACACAACCCGUGGUUUACGAACGUAACUCUUGGACUAGGGAAUCUGAUACUGGACGUGCACCACGGGGCCCACCACCAUAUAACCCUCCGCCACCUCCUCGGACCCGAGCACCUGACACUUCUCCUCGCCUCCGACAUGAGCCUCCUAGACACGAACCACGACCUUACCCAGAUGAUGGUAGGGCUCUAGCUGGUCGUCCAUUGUACCGUGAUGAACCCCGUAUGCCUGUGGAUCGCCCGUCCUCACAGUCGUACCCACUUAGCGGAAAUCCAAGCCGGGAAUCAAUUGGGUGGAAGGAUAGUCGGGACUACCCACCGCCUUCAGGAUACGAACGGGAACGUAUGACUCCACCUGGAUAUACGACCUCUGACCCUCGCUAUGAUCCACCACUUCCGCCAAGUCGAGCUCGGGAAUAUGAUGAUCGAGCCACACGCCCUCCGCGUGAGAGCAGUAGAUACUCGCCUUAUCCCCCACCUCGCUCGGCAGCUGGGCCUUACCCCCCGCCUCGUGAGCGUGUGCCUCUUUCGCCUGGUCCUGGCUAUCCCCCACCUCCGCCUAUGCAAGUGGACGACGUCCCAAGGCGUGAGCGUGCUCUAAGUAAUGACUCCCGUCGGAUAGGCAGUUCUCGGAGUAUGGAAGCACCUCACCCACCCAAAACACUCAGUCCGACCGCCACAUCCGAGGAGGCCCUCAACACAUUGAAGUUUAUGCGUGAUAUGCAAUGCCAGCCUGGCCAAUAUCUUAUCGCUGCCGAGAAGGAGCCUCGUUUUGCGGAUGCUGAGGCGCUCGCGUUGGAAGGAAUCAAAGGUUCGAACACGUUCUCUCUCUUUUGGAUUAUCGCUUGCUCCUCCCUCUGGACUUCAAUGGCAAUAUCAACAUCUCGACCUUCCGAGGCCGCCCCACUUUACUUGUUUUUGGCUCGUUUACAAGGCGAACGGUUCAAGACUGAGAGAAAUCCUGCGCUUGUCCUUCGUUUGGCUCGGGAUGUAGUGCUUAACUUGGAUGAGGCGAGUGCAUUGAGUCGGCAGCCGCUCGAGUCUGCUAUGCAGAGCCUUAGGCAAGAAAUGUGGGCGUAUACCAGGAGCAGGACAUCUGACGCCGAUGUGGAAAUGCUCGACAUCCCCCGGUCCGGAGAAGACCCCAACGCUCAAAUCCAGCGCCUAAUGGACAAACUCAGGCGCGCGCGGGACGAUAUGAGACGCAUUGAGGACGACCUUGAUCACGAACGACGUGAACGUCGCAGGCUCCAGGGACAACUCGCUGAUGCGCAGGAGAGUCUAAGUCGCACGAGCCGUGCAGCAAAAAAUGACGUGGAAGACUUAAAAAAGGCCAAUGAGCGACAUGUGGAGCGGAUCGUGGAAUUGGAACGUCAGCUAGAGAAGAGGAAUUCGACUGCGGCCCCGACUGUUAACGGUGGGGAUACGUCCAUGGCUGACGGUAUCUCCCGCAGCUCGCGUCACAAACGCUCCGCAACCGGUGCUCAGCGCCCCCACUACCGCAAAAAGAGAAAAUUCGAGCUCGGUCGUCAGGCUGCUAGCACCAAGCUCGGACCUAAGCGGGUGCACACUGUGCGCGUGCGCGGUGGAAACUUGAAGUACCGUGCGCUCCGUCUUGAGAGCGGAAACUUUGCUUGGGGAUCUGAGCAGACUACGAGGAAGACUCGUAUCAUCGGUGUCGUAUACAAUGCAUCGAACAACGAGCUUGUUCGUACCAACACACUUGUGAAGAGUGCGAUCAUCCAGGUUGAUGCUACGCCUUUCCGUCAAUGGUACGAGGCGCACUACGCUCAGCCUGUGACGAAGAAGGGUGCCAAGACUGCCCCUGCCGAGGGUGCCGCUGCUACCGAGGAAACGAAAAAGUCCAAGCACGUCUUGCGUACUCUGGAGCAGCGCAAGAAGGUUGCGAAGAUCGACCCUCUCCUCGAGACUCAAUUCGCUGCUGGCCGUCUCUAUGCGGCUAUUUCCAGCCGACCAGGCCAGUCUGGUCGUGCUGAUGGGUACAUUCUUGAGGGCCGUGAACUUGAAUUCUACCUCAGGAAGUUGCGUACGGGCAAGCAGAAGCACGCACAGUAA